AUGUUGGAAGGCUUAGUUGCCGGUCUGUUGAACCGCUUCCUGGGCAUGUAUGUCAAGAACUUCGACCCUACCCAGUUGAAAGUUGGUAUUUGGUCCGGCGAUGUGAAGCUGCGCAAUCUAGAGCUUCGCAAGGAGGCGUUGGAUCAGUUGAAGCUGCCCAUAAACGUCGUGGAGGGCCAUUUGGGCGAGCUAACAUUGGUGAUACCCUGGUCCAACCUUCGUGGAGCACCCGUCAAGAUCUUCAUUGAGGAUGUCUUCCUGCUUGCAUCCCCGAAGGAAGAGGCGGCCUACAAUGAAGAGGAGGAAGAACGCAGGAAACAGAGAUUGAAGAUGGAGAAGCUGGACUCUGCUGAGCUUUUAAAGGAACGCUCACAGGAAGGCCUCAGCCAGGAGGAACAGAAGAAGAGCCAGAGCUUUACAGAGAGCUUGGUCACUAAGAUUGUCGACAAUCUCCAGGUUACCGUCAAGAACAUCCAUGUACGCUACGAGGAUGCGAUAUCGGCCCCGGGUCACCCCUUCUCUCUCGGUAUUACGCUCGAGGAGUUCAGUGCAGUCAGUACCAACGGCGAGUGGAAACCCACGUUCAUACAGAAUUCGUCUAAGACAACACAUAAACUUGCGACGUUGGGGGCCUUGGCUGUGUACUGGAACACGGACACUAAACUGCUGGGUCCUGGUCGCGAAGUACAACAGGACAUCGAUAAUGCUCUUCCACACGACGAACUGAUUUCAAAGUUCAAGGAGAUGAUUGGCAAGGGCGACAACGAGGCUACGGCAGAUCACCAGUUUAUAUUACGACCUGUGAGCGGCCAAGCCAAGAUCGAACUGGACAAGUCCGGCGACGUCCAUGUACCCAAGUUCAAAGCCAGUCUGCUAUUCGAUGAGAUCGGUGUGGUUCUCGAUGACGAUCAGUACCGCGAUGCUUUGAUGAUGGUGGACCUGUUUCACUACUUCAUUCGUCACCAGGAGUACAAAAAGUACCAACCGAAAGGUGUUACGCCAAAGGAAGAUCCACGUGCGUGGCUGAGGUUUGCCGGCGAUGCUGUAUUGAAGAAGAUCCAUGAUCGCAAUCGUCGAUGGACAUGGGAUUACUUCCGUGAACGUCGUGAUGAUCGUAAGCGGUAUAUUGAGUUGUUCAAAAAGAAGAAGGCCAACCAGCAGCUUGCGGCCCCUGAAACGGAGGAGAUGAGCCAGCUCGAAUGGAAGACCGAGUACGAAGACCUCCGCUUCUGGAGGUCCUUGGCUCGCAACCAGUUGAAGAAGGAAAAUGCGGAGGCUUUGAGGAACGCACCUAAACAGGAGCAACAGCAAGGAUGGCUCUCGUGGGCGUGGGGUUCUAAGCCAUCUCAGCCGGCUGACUCCACGGAGAACACCCAAAUAACUGAGGAACAACGUCAAGAGUUGUACGAGGCAAUUGACUGGGAUGAAAAGGCGGCUCUGGCGGAUGCGGUAGAUGUUCCACGGGAUGCGGUGAAGAUGGAACUCGCCGCGACUCUCAGCACCGGCAGCUUCACCCUCAGGCAAAGUCCGCAUGGGUCCAAAACCGACCUACUGAGCCUGCACUUCGACUUGUUCAAAGCAAGGGGCCUCAGGCGAACCGAUUCGGUUCUGGCAGAUAUCAGUCUUGGCGGUUUCCGAGUCAACGAUGGCACAACGCCCGACUCUCUGUUUCAAGAGAUCGUCAGAGUCAAGGAUGCGCCAGAAGUUGAUACGCGGAACAGACUUUCCCUCGUUGACCUGGAGAAGACAGAUACGGCUGAACAAGAGACCUUCUUUGAUCUACAGGUCGAACAGAACCCUCUGGAUGGCCAGGGUGACUUCGGUGUGACAGCUAAGCUGAAGCCUUUGGAGAUCGUGUGGAACCCAAAUUUCGUCGUGGGUAUCGUGGAUUUCUUCAAACCUCCAGAACGGCACAUGGAGUCCAUCAAUGCCUUGAUGGAGUCAGCGGGCGCCACGGUCGAAGGACUGAGGCAGCAGACAAGAGCUGGUCUUCAAUUCGCAUUAGAGGAGCACAAGUCGAUCAACGCAAAGCUCGAUCUUCAAGCCCCCCUUAUUAUCAUUCCCCAGAGUAUCAGUACCGAACGGUCGACUUGUCUUAUCCUCGACGCUGGUCACAUUAGUGUAAACAGCGAACUGGUUGACAAGGGGACCCUGAAGCAGAUCCAGGACAAGCAAUCUGUUUCGAACGAGGAUAUCGAGCAGCUGGAGUCUCUCAUGUAUGAUCGAUUCCUCGUCAAAUUGACAUCCACCCAGCUCCUGAUCGGUCCUUCGAUUGAAGACACCAAGUCUCAGCUAGUUGAGAAAGAUGAAUCGCGCAUGUACCACGUGGUUGAACAGAUCAACUUGGACUUCGUGGUUGCCUUAUCUAUCCUUCCAAAGGCACCCAACAUAUCCAAAGUGAAGAUAGUCGGGCACAUGCCAGUGCUGCACGCAGCAGUGUCAGACACGAAGUACAAGAGCCUCAUGAAACUCAUCGACGUCGCGAUUCCAAAGUUUGGGGAUGAGCCCCAGCAAAGUAAGGGUAAGGAACCACAGCAGCAGCCUAAGAGACCCCGCUUGUCUAGCAGCGCAUCUAACCAUUCACGCAAUGCACAUCGUCGGAGAUCAUCUGCAGCGUUCCCCUUCCUCACUCAACAGACUGCUGCCAUACUUGAGGAUGAACUCGAAGACGACGAUGAUGACUUUGAGGAUGCUCAGGACGGAAACACGAACCAGCAACUCAAGAUGCAGCAAAAGACAUUUGAAUUCAAAUUCUCUGUGGAUAAGCUGCAAGGCUCUCUGUAUAAAAGCGAUCCGGAUGGCAAGAAGCCAGACGCGCUGCUGGUGGAACUGGUCGCCGAGCAUUUUGACCUCGAAUUCUUCAUCAGACCAUUUGACAUGUCCGCUGUGGUGUCUCUGGGCUCUGUGACGGUAGACGACUUUGUGGAUAACCCUCCUGCAGAAUUCAAGGCGAUUGUCUCCUCUGGAGAUAUAGAAGAUCAUAGGGAACAGCGAGAACUCGUCAAAGUGACCUUCGUGAAGGUGAAGAAGGAAUCACCAGAGUUCAUGCCUAAGUACAACGGUAUCGAGACUAACAUCGAUGCCGCGGUCUCCACCAUCAACUUGAUUGUCACGCGAAAGACCUUGCUGACAUUACUGGACUUCAUUCUUGUCACGUUCACUAACAAUGACAAUUCGAAUACUCAGCAGCAGAAGAGCAUUGCAGACGUGGAGGAUGAUGAGGAUGAUGGAGACGAGGACGCGGUCAAAAUUGUCGAACCACCACAACCGCCGCCUCAGAACGAAUCAGGGUCUAUUCGUGUCAAGGUCGACCUCAAGAGUAUCCGGUUGAUCUUAAACAACGAUGGCAUCCGUCUGGCCACCUUGUCGUUCAACCACGCUGACGUCGGCAUCUUUUUGUCUGGGAAGACAAUGCGAAUUGGCACGAAGCUGGGAGAUUUGAGUCUGGUCGAUGAUGUAAACGUCGGGGCAUCAGAGGAAUCCAGCUUCCGUCAGCUUGUCACAAUUCAAGGCCACGAGCUUGCCGACUUCCGCUACGAAACUUUCGACCCGGCUAACGAGAAGGCAUAUCCUGGAUAUGACUCUUCAGUCUACCUGCGCGCUGGCUCUAUCAAGGUUAACUUCCUUGAGGAGCCGUUCAGAAAGAUUAUUGAGUUCUUGGUCAAGUUCGGUAAGAUGCAGGCGAUUUACAAUGCUGCACGUCAAGCAGCUGCAAAUCAGGCACAGCAACUUCAGCAAAGCACCAGCCGUUUCAAAUUCGAUGUCAUCGUCAACACCCCCAUCAUUGUCUUCCCAGGGGCUGUCACGCCAGACCGACCCAGACGUGAUCUUGUGACGGCCUACCUCGGUGAGAUAUAUGCUCAGAAUAAGUUCGCGCCUCUGGAUGACUCCGAGAACUCUGCCAUCGCGAUGAAGCUGUCUGCGGGUAUCCGAAACAUUCGGCUCACAUCUCUCUUCCACUAUGCAGACAACCAGUCGGAGGAGCUCGAGAUGAUCGACCAUGUUGAUCUUGGGUUCAACAUCACAUACGCCGAGCAUCAGAAAGGCUGGAAGCGUCCAGAUAUGGAAAUUGAAGGCAGCAUGACGGACAUUAAUCUCAAGAUCACCCAAUAUCAAGUCAAAUCACUGCUUGAAAUCUCUCGCUCUGUACCGGCCGCAUUUACUACAGAUGCCGAAGCUAGUGGCGAAGAAGCCGAACGGGACGUGGACGAAGGCACCCUUCGAAGAGCGAAGACGAUGUCAUCAACCACUACCGGCGCAGAAAAUCCACUGAUCGAUCUCGGCCCUGAACUAGGGUCUCGAGAAGACACUUGGACUAAACUGGAUCUCGUCUUCACUGUGCAUAAGAUCGGUCUGGAGUUGAUCAAUGCCACAGACGGCAAGCCCGUGGGCAAUAUUGAGAACGCGAGUCUGUCACAGUUCUCCCUGGAUGACAGCAAACUGAAGACUCGAAUGCUCGCGGACGGGUCUCUUGAAGCCGAAUUCGUCAUCCACUCAUUUACUAUCCACGACAGCCGGAGAAGGGAUGCCAAUAAAUUCCGAAGAAUCAUGGCCUCGUCCAAUAAGAAUGUUCAGCAGUUCAUGGCCUCAGUCUCAAUGUCUGCGGGACACGAGCGAAACCUGAUUGGGGUUGUUGCCAUCGACAGUCCGAGGGUCAUUUUUGCUUUGGAUUACGUUUUUGCCAUACAAACCUUCAUUUCAACUAGUUUGCAGGUUGAAGAACCGGUCGUUGUGGAGGAAAGCCCCGCCGAAACUCCUGAAGGUUCAGAAACCGAGUCCAGGCAAGUUUCCUGGUCCGGCGCAUCGAACCAACAACUACAAGGAGGGUAUGGGUCAGAGGAACCUAAGAAGCCAGAGUCCAAGAUGAGCAUUGCAUUCCGUGUUAAUGUCGUCGAAGCCCAGGUGAUCUUAAUCGCCAACCCGCUUGUCUCCAACUCUGAAGCCAUCGUGCUGGGCACCAAACAGGUAUUGCUGUCGCAACAGCAUGCUUUGACAUUCCAGGUCUCCCAAGUCGGCAUGUUCCUUUGCCGCAUGGAUAGAUUUGAAGAAUCUCGACUGCGCAUUCUAGACGACUUUUCCAUCCAGAUGUCCAUGGACAGCUCGCAACCCAGUUUGACUAACAUUCAUGUCGACAUUGACCCCCUGAUUCUGCGGUUGUCACUCCGCGAUAUCCUGCUUGUGCUUCAAGUCAUCAGCAAGGCCUCGGAGCUCUCUGAAAAGGAGCCCGAGGAUCAACUUAAGGCAAGUGCUUCUGAUGUGAAGGCAAAGCAGCUUCGAGGUGAUGGCAUGAAGCAGCGGUCAGCUAGUGGUCGUGGGCAGUCUACGAUAGGGAGGACGAAAGGCACUGCCGGGACCAUGACAACCAAGACCCGCAAAAUUUCGCAGGGCCAGCAUGGUCAGCAAGUUCACGACGUCAACAAAGGCCCCGUUCGCCAUGAAGAGCUCACUGCCACCAUUGAAGGCAUUCGCGUCGUGCUCAUCGGAGACUUGCAUGAACUUCCGAUUCUGGAUCUAAGCAUCAAGAACUUUACCGCAUCAGCUGCCGACUGGUCUAGUAGCUUGAAGGCCGAGACGGCAAUCGAUAUGUACAUCAAUGUCUACAACUUCGCCAAGUCAGCUUGGGAACCCUUACUAGAACCAUGGCAAGUUGGUCUUGGUGUUGCGAAAGCACCAGACACUGGAAUGCUUUCGGUCGACCUUCAGUCACGAAAGAAAUUCGAAGUGACCGUCACCACCGCGACGAUUGCACUUGCAUCCAAAUCAUUCGACUUUUUGACGGGCGAUGAAGAUGUUCUUGGCAAGCCUCGUGAGACACUAUCGCCAUACAAGAUCAGGAACUACACGGGAUUCAACGUGGUGGUGCAGGCUAGAAAUCAGAGCAACACGGAGAACAUCACUCUCAAGCUCGAGGAUGGUGAAGAGGCACCGUGGAGCUUUGAGCAUUGGGAGAAGAUGCGCGAGAAUAUCAUGUCCGAGAGCAAUACUGCCAAUAGCGUGGGUGUGCAAAUUGAAGGCAGUGGUUUCGACACGGUUAAGAACAUUCGCCUCAAUCGUGAAGGCGAGUUCCUCUACAGUUUGCGACCGAAGACCGACAAUACACUACACCGGCUGCUCGUCGAGGUCAGCUUAGGUAGCGACAACAUUAAAUACGUGACGCUUCGAUCACCCUUAGUUGUGGAGAACCAAACCCAAAUACCGGUUGAGCUUGGUGUCUAUGAUGCACAGGAGGGGCAUUUGCUCAAGAUCGAGAAGAUUGCGCCAGGCGAGAGCCGGCCUGCACCCGUUGCGGCUUGUUAUGUCAAGUCCUUACUUGUGCGACCAGACUCUGGAUUCGGCUAUGCUUGGUCUUCAGAGCAUCUGUGGUGGAAAGACCUGCUGAAACGCCCUACACGCACGCUGGUCUGCAAGGGCGAGAGUAGUGAUCCGUUCUACUUUCAGAUGAGCACAACCUUUGAUCAAGGUCACUUCUUGAGCGGGAAAUAUCCUUACAUGAAGAUUAAGCUCUCACCGCCCAUCGUUCUUGAGAAUCUUCUACCAUACGACUUCAAGUACCGUAUCUACGACAAGAAUACCAAGAAAGACUGGUCGAACUUCCUCCGCAAAGGUGGUGUUAGUCCCGUUCACGUCGUGGAGUUGUCCCACCUGUUGCUCAUGAGCAUCGACAUGCAAGACACAGUGUUCAAACCCAGCGAGUUUGCCAUCAUCAAUCCUGGCGGGCAAGAAGACUUCAGAAAAGAGCACAAACUGGUGUGCAAGGACGAAGAAGGCCUUUCGUUAAGUCUUCGACUUCACUAUUACAAGGUCCCCAACGGCGGCGGUGCUUUCAAGGUCACGGUCUACAGUCCCUAUGUGAUCUUGAACAAGACGGGGUUGGACAUCACUGUCCGUGGCAAGCAGUUCCUUCAACAGGCCAGACGAGCAGCAGGUCAAUCGCCACUUGUCGACAAUUCGGAUCGAGCCAGACCCAAGGCCCUCCCAUUCAUGUUCUCAUAUGGCAAUGACGAUCAACGAAAUCGCGCUCUGCUCAAGGUCGGGGAUUCGGAGUGGAGCAAGGCCCAGAGUUUCGACGCCAUUGGAAGUACCACGGAUGUUGUUCUCCAAGCAACUACCACGAACGCUGAAAUCCACGUCGGCAUUACUGUCGAGGCAGGUGAGGGCAAGUACAAGAUGACCAAGGUGGUAACUCUAGCUCCCAGAUUUGUGAUCAAGAACAAGAUGGGAGAGGAGAUCAAUGUGAGAGCCCCAGGUUCGUCCAACGUCAUGACGUUGCAGCCUGGUGCUUUGCAGCCCCUGCACUUUAUCCAGAAAGCACACACCAAACAGCUAGCCCUGUGCUAUGGAGGUGUCAACAACCAAUGGACCUCGCCGUUCAACAUUUCGGACAUAGGAACAACACAUAUCAAAAUCGCCAAGGCCGGCCAACGACAACGACUUGUUCGCGUGGAGGUCCUAAUGGAGGAUGCGACCAUUUUCCUGCAUCUGAGCCACGAAAAGAAGGCUUGGCCAUUCUCGAUGCGCAACGAGAGUGAUACCGAGUUCACCUUCUACCAGGCCAACCCGAAUGUCGAUGACGAUGGAGUUGAGGAUCGGUCGGGCUUCAAGGCCAUCAAAUACCGACUGCCGCCCCGAAGCAUCAUGCCGUACGCUUGGGAUUAUCCGGCUGCCAAGUUCAGAGAAGUCGUCAUUAGUGCGUAUGGCAAGGAGAGACAUGUCAAAUUGGCCGAGAUCGGAAACCUGAUACCCAUGAAGUUUGUGAGCGGCUCCGGCACGCAAAAGAUCAUCGAUAUCAACGUUGCGGCCGAUGGACCUACACAGACUCUGAUUUUAUCCAAUUUCAAGCCGAGCAAGAGUCUCUACAUUCAGCGGACCGGGACCGGUUUGAGUACAAGUAGUACGAGCGGGUUCGAAGUGAAGAAUCAAGAGACCGGAACUACCAUCGCUGCACAACUGAAGCUCUCCGGGAUUGGCAUCUCGCUCAUCAACUCGCAACUCCGCGAGCUGGCGUAUAUCACUUUCAGGGAUGUCCAACUGAAGUACACCGAGUCGCCGAUAUAUCAGACGAUCAGUACCUCCAUUAAAUGGAUCCAAAUUGACAACCAGCUGUAUGGUGGUCUGUUCCCCAUGGUUCUCUACCCCAGUGUGGUGCCUGCAAAGGCGCAAGAGAUCGAAAUGCACCCAUCACUGCAUGCCAUGGUCACCCGCGUAAAGGACGAUAGUUACGGUGUGUUGUACGUCAAGUAUGCUACUCUUCUACUGCAGCAGAUGACAAUCGAACUGGACGAGGACUUCAUCUAUGCCGUUCUGGACUUCUCCAAGGUUCCUGGCGCAUCCUGGACUGAGACACAGGAGGGCACGCUCUGCGAUGAAAGCCUUGACAUCCCCGAGCCGAAACAGCAACAACAGGGCCAAGACAUCUACUUCGAGGUGCUCAACAUUCAGCCCAUGCAGAUCGACUUGUCGUUCAUGCGCACUGAACGGGUCAACGUCGAAGACAAGACAUCCUCUCGCAAUCCAAUCAUGUUUUUCAUCAACGUCAUGACGAUGGCCAUUGGCAACAUCAACGAUGCACCGAUUCGACUAAAUGCUCUACUACUCGAGAACGCCCGCGUUUCGGUGCCCGUGCUUAUCCAGAACAUGUCCAACCACUACAGUCAAGAGGUCAUCUACCAAAUUCACAAGAUCAUCGGCAGCGCUGACUUUCUCGGUAACCCCGUUGGUCUGUUCAACAACAUCAGCAGCGGCAUCACCGAUGUCUUUUACGAGCCCUACCAAGGUCUCAUCAUGUCGGACAGGCCCGAGGAUCUCGGUCUCGGGAUUGCCAAGGGAGCAGCUAGCUUCGUCAAGAAGUCGGUGUACGGUUUCUCCGACUCCUUCUCCAAGUUCACGGGAAGUAUCAGCAAGGGUUUGGCCGCGGCGACCCUUGACAAGCAGUUUCAGGAUCGCCGCCGCAUAACCCGGUCUCGUAACCGACCCAAGCACGCCUUGUACGGCGUCACAGCCGGGGCCAACUCGUUUUUCACCUCUGUCGCAUCGGGUGUUGGAGGGACAUUCAAAAAGCCUCUCGAGGGCGCCGAACAGGAAGGAGCAGCCGGGUUCUUCAAAGGUGUCGGCAAAGGCGCGCUCGGCUUCGUUACCAAGCCCGUGGUAGGCGUCUUCGACCUCGCGUCGAACGUCUCGGAAGGCAUCCGCAAUACGACGACCGUCUUCGACGGGUCCGAACUGGACCGCGUGCGACUAACUCGCUUCAUCCCUUCAGACGGCAUCGUACGGCCCUAUAACCAGCGUGAGGCACUCGGCCAAUUCUGGCUGAAGCAGGUUGACAAUGGCAAGUACUUCAACGAAGAGUACAUUGCGCACCUAGAGCUGCCCCGCGAGGACAUGGUGGUCAUGGUUACGUAUAGCCGCAUCUUGCUUAUUAGGAGUCGGAGGCUGACAACGGAGUGGGAUGUCCCGUUGAAGGACGUGCAGACGAUUGCGAAAGAGAGGACGGGGAUUAGUAUAGUGCUCAGGGGAGGAACAAAUGGGCCGUUUGUGCCGGUGGGAGAGGAGAGUGGGAGGAAGUUUAUUUAUAAAAUGGUUGCGAUUGCGGUGGAGGAGUUUAAUCGGAGGUUUAGGGGUUUAGAGUAG